GCGAGUUUCUGGUAAAGCAGAUCACAGGAGUGCACGUAAGAUUUAAAACGCAAAGGUCGUGUCUCCAGCUGCGGUGUGAAGGUCCCUUAUUUUGGGACAAAAUGAUGUCCAUAGCCGCUCGUUCUGGGGCUUUUCCCCAGUACCUGCAGGCUACAAAACACACAGUUAAAAGCCUGGUGUCCUCUGGAGCCAAGGACUUGGUGCCUGCUGCUGCUGCUGGGGGAAUCCGCCUCGUCCACACAGAUGUCAAGAUCCCUGAUUUCUCAGAUUACCGUCGCCCCGAGGUUAUCGAUCCCAACAAGUCCUCGCAGGAAAGCAGUGAGUCAAGAAGGUCGUUCUCUUACCUCGUCACCGGAGCGACCACUGUUGUUGGUGUGUAUGCAGCCAAGACAGUGGUCACCCAGUUUGUCUCCUCAAUGAGUGCAUCAGCAGAUGUCCUGGCCUUAUCCAAGAUUGAGAUCAAGCUCAGUGACAUCCCUGAAGGCAAGAACAUGACCUUCAAGUGGAGAGGAAAGCCCCUGUUUGUCCGUCACCGCACAGAGAAGGAAAUCGCCACAGAAGAGGCUGUGAAUCUGGCGGAGCUGCGUGACCCUGAGCAUGACAAGGAUCGAGUGGUUAACCCCAGCUGGGUCAUUGUCCUUGGCGUGUGCACCCAUCUGGGAUGUGUCCCCAUUGCCAACGCCGGAGACUUCGGAGGCUACUACUGUCCUUGCCACGGCUCUCACUAUGAUGCUUCAGGAAGAAUAAGAAAGGGACCUGCUCCUCUGAACCUGGAAGUUCCGUACUAUGAAUUCCCAGAUGAAGAUACGGUGGUGGUGGGAUAAAUACUGGAGCUCUGUCUCAGUUCCUCUCAGUAAAAUGUAUAUUUUAGAUGAUAGAUGAUUCUUUGCGAGAGUUGGAGAUGUGUAUUUACUAAUAAAGGCAUAUUUCUAACUCUA